UUCUCUCUCUCUCUCCCUCUCUCUUUUCAUGAACUCCGGGCGAUACGAAAGCGAGUAUUUGGGUCAGUGCAGGGCGGCACAGGCAAAGAGGGGAGGCAGAGCAGAGCGUGGGCAAACAAACACUCCAGCAUCAGAGGACAGUGACCCGUGCCACGUGAAUCAAUAUUCCCCCCCUGCACCCAACCAGCACCUCAGCUGGGACAGGGGAGGUGGCGAGGACAAGAGAGCAAACACACACACACACAUAUAGAGGAUAAAGAAAAGUUGAAGGAUAAAGAUAUAAAGAAGUGUAGUGGUCCAGCUGAGUGGCGAGAGAAAAGGGUGAAAGAGCAAGUGGAAGAAUAUAUCUGCCAGGCAGCUACACUGUUAGCAGAACAUUAAGUCUUCCAUUUAGGUGAAAUUUGGCUUGCAGUAAUGAUGAGCUCCCAUCUCCACUGGCUGCUGUUAAUCCUUUUGCUGACAGACUGUGCCGUGGGCCACACCCUCUCUGGCCCUCGCCCUCACAGCCUGAGGCUGGCAUCGGCUCCAGGCCACUCGUCCCAGGAUGCACGGUCGCUCCUAUCCAGCCUGUCUGCCUCGGUGGAUGGCCAUGUGCGUCUCCAUGGCAACGUCAGCUGCUCAUCUCUGCGCCGGCUGCCGCAUGGGGACAGUCUGCUCACACAGGAGCUGCUGGGCCUGGCUGAGCUGCCGUUGCUGCUGUCUGCAGGGUGCCAACAGGAGGCGCUAGCGUUAACACACGCUCUCUACAAAGUGCUGGGCCGCGCUGACACACACGCCCUCAUCAGACAACUCACACACCUGCUGCAGAACAGCCCAGCCCUCCCCACAGUGAACAACUUAAACACUUCACCUAACCACUCGAUUUCCCCAGAUGACACCUCCGUAGCUUCCCAUGACAACUCAGAGACAUCGACAGAUACUUACUCACUGAAUGCAAAUGGAUCCAGUGCAGUGCAUGAAAACUUCACUGACCUCCAUGACAACACUGAUGCCCACCAUUUUGGCUCAAAUCCACAAUCCACUGCAACCGAUGAGGGGGCACAGGCAGAGCACCACCUGAAUGCCCUGAUGUUUAACAUCCAGCAGCUGGCAAGGGUGGGUACUGCAUUGAGGUUCUCUGCUCCAGCUGACGGAGUCUCUGAGGGCUGUGGUGGGUGGCUACGUGUGCAGGGGGCUCAGCUCCUGGGCCAGAGAGUGGGGAAAAAGGGGCAUCUGCACAAGGCCCAGCAUCUCUGCCAGCUCAUAGGGCCAAAGUGCACCGGCGUGGCCCAGUCCGGAGACGCCGAGGCUGGGCUGUACCAGGCCGUGCUGAGGACAGGCAGCUGGGUACUCCCCUCUCACGCAGACCCCGGGGCGGAGUGCUGGCUUAGGCAGUGUGUGUCGGGGCCUGGGCUUGUGCGCGUGCGCCGCGGUGCCAGGGCAGCGCAGCAGUGUGUGAGCCGGCAGGAGCAGCAGGUGUAUGCGGUGGUGGAGUGGGUGCCCGCCGUCUCCACCCUCUACAACCUCGGCACCGCGGUGUAUUAUGCCGCCCGUAACUGCACAGAGACCGCCCGGGAGAGGGCCAUUCUGAGUGUUGUGGAUCUGGGCACCGAUGCCCUCAUGGCCAUCACUGGAGGGACGGUAGGGGUGGCAGGGUACGCCCUGGGUGCAGGUGUGAAGACUGGGGUCAAAGCCAGUGUGAAGUAUCUGCUGAACAACAUGAACCAAGGUCAAGGUCAAGGUCAAGAUGUGCUUGUCAAUCAGGAGAGCUGGGAGGAUGGAAUUCUUACCAUCCAGUAAAACAUUGCGACAUUUGUGCAAUGACAACCUGAAAAACACAUAAUACAUCAAAACACUACAGACAAUAAUAUACUGGUCUUUGAUCAUUGCUAGUAUAUAAUUUACUAGUACUACUAUAGUACUACAAUUAUAGUAUCCUUUUGCCCAACCAGUUGUAGGUUAUAUAUAUAUGUGUGUAUUUUGUAUGUCUUUGCAAAAUUUGUAUUUGUUUCUUGUCUUAUGUCCCCUGUUUUACAUCCUGGUCCAUUCUAAAAGAAAGUAAGCAGCUAAGUCAGGUCUGCUAUAAUUACACCAUAAGAAAUGGGCUUCCCUUCAUGUUGAACCCAAAACAAAAUAUGCGCUGACAAACAAAAUAAUUAUAAAUGUAACAUUUGCUUGUGGGCUGCUUUCUUUUUUCUUUGCCUGUUACAUCAAUAAAAUAUUGUAAUUGAUGUUUAUAUAUGGUUACUAAACACUGAUAUUUUAGACAAGCUACAUUUGUCAACAGAAGAAGAAAACAAAUGUGUAUUCUAUACAUAUGCUAUCUUGGAGUUUAGGUGCAUGACAGUGAUAGUCCUGUAUGAAGUGCUUUUCCAAAGAGUGCGGAGUGAAGAGGUCUUGUUAUGAACUGGGUUCGGUGUCUGAUUCAUAUGCUUGUGGACCUCAAUAAAAUGUCAAACUUUC